UGUAGUCUCGAUGAGGAUAAGCGACAGGCGAUCAUGCAAUGGGUGGACAAUUGCGAGCCGCUUCUUUCUCCAGAUGAAGAUGAAGCUACAGGUCCUAGAGAGAUACUCUCUUACCCACUUGAGGAUAUCAUAGAGCAGGACGAGGAAUCGUUGAGAGACUCAGUACGAUCGAAAUGUGCUACCGAUUCGCAUCCAUUAAGCAUCCUGAGCAAAGAAGAUAUAGAGAAAGUUAUAAGCACGGAUGCAACGACACAUGACGCUGGUUCAGACGAAGACGCUCUGGAAAGAGCUAUGGCCGCAUCGGUGUCAUCUAUACGAUCACAUGAUAUUAUGGCAAAGCUCAAUGAGGAUAUCGCUGCGGUAAGUCAUUUGCUAUUGAAAAUGUUCAAAAUUGAGGUCUGCUCAUUUGUAGAAAACAAGUUCUAA